AUGUGUAGUCCGAUCGCUGAUAAUGCAGACAUGAUUGUGCCUUCAGCUGACACAUGCUGCCCCAACACAGUUUUCGAGCGGGUGCUGCGGUGUGCCUGCAUUGUGAUGCGGGUCGGCGACGACCCGGGGUACAUCUGGACACCGCAGCGGCUCGGCGCUGGCUCGUUCGGUACAGUGACGCUUGCGUACCGUCACGAGGGCGACGCUGUGUGGCGCAAGACCGCGGUGAAGCGCAUAUCGCUGCGCAAAGAAACGCGCCUCUCAGCCGUGCUAGAGAAGGUGCGGUGCACUGGGCGUGAGGUGGCCCUGUGCCGUCGCGCUGGGGUGUCGCCGCACGUUGUGCCGAUGUACAAGCCAUGGUUCGACUGCCGGGAGGGCGUGAUCGCGCUGCCGAUGGACGCCGGUGACUUCAGCCUGGAGCAGUACGCGGUGCACUGCGGCUUUCGGUUCCCGCCGCUGGCGCUGCUGUCGAUGUGCGCGCAGUGCGCGCGUGCUGUGGCGCAUCUGCAUCGGCGCGGCGUUGUGCACCGUGACGUGAAGCCGGACAACUUCGUGGUGAACGUUUUCGACACUGUUGGUGGUGCUGGUGCUGGCGGUGAUGGUGACUGCGGUGAAGCGCGGCCACCGUUCGUGCGCAUACUUGACUUUGGGCUCGCGUGCGGCGUGGAGGAGGUCGAGCAGGAGUUGAAGCGUUGCGUGGGGACACCGCACUACAUGGCACCGGAGACGUUUUCGCACCUCUGCGACUGCGACGUGCCUGCGGCGUGCGACGUGUGGAGCCUCGGGGUGACCUUGUUCCGAUUGGCCACUGGCGUCUUCCCGGUCUUUGACCAGGAUGUGACGGCGUCGUGGCCUCCCGCAAGUGCCUCCUCGGCUCGUUUGGGUGUUCCCCGCCUGCGAUCACCGUGGCCGCGCGUUGUCGAGCGGUGCCCCGCGCCGUGGUGA